CCUACUCUUCACAUCACUUCCUCAACAUGGGUCUACCAGCAAAAUCUUUAGCUCUUGUCAUGUUGUUGGUGCUGUUACUGAUCAAAAUAGAGGGAAAUUCAACCCCACAAGAAGUGCACGAAAAUGGCCUUAGUGCCUCACCAUCGUUGAUGAAAAAAGACGAGAACCGAAUCCUUCGAUGUGCGGGCAGACCAUGGAUAUGUAACGGAGGAGAGUCACAACAUGAGCCAGGGUCACUAUCACAAGGCUAUCUUUCCAUGCUUAAGGAGAAAAAGUCACUGCAAUCUGGACCAUUGUCAUUAUCACCAGGAUAUCCUCCUAGACUUCAAGAAAAAAAGUCACUUCAAUCUAGGAUAUUGUCAGCAUCACCAGGAUAUCCUCCCGUGCUUCAAGAGAAAAAGUCACUUCAAUCUAGAACAUUGUCAGCAUCUAGGACUUUGUCAGCAUCACCAGGAUAUCCUCCCGUGCUUCAAGAUAAAAAGUCACUGCAAUCUAGGACGUUAUCAGCAUCACCAGGAUAUCCUCCCGUGCUUCAAGAGAAAAAGUCAUUUCAAUCUAGAACAUUGUCAGUAUCACCAGGAUAUCCUCCCGUGCUUCAAGAGAAAAAGUCACUUCAAUCUAGAACAUUGUCAGCAUCUAGGACUUUGUCAGCAUCACCAGGAUAUCCUCCCGUGCUUCAAGAUAAAAAGUCACUGCAAUCUAGGACGUUAUCAGCAUCACCAGGAUAUCCUCCCGUGCUUCAAGAAAAAAAGUCAUUUCAAUCUAGAACAUUGUCAGUAUCACCAGGAUAUCCUCCCGUGCUUCAAGAGAAAAAUUCAUCACAACAUGGACCGCUGUCACCGUCAGCAUGGUACCCUCCCAUCCCUCAAGAGAAAAAGUGACCACAGCCUCUCGACAAUAAACCUCACUAUCCCUGACUGCCACCUGCAAUGGAUUAAGAAAUAAUAGUUUGUGGAUGGAUGAGGGGUCUCAUGAUUACCUAUCCCGGGUUUGAAGUUUGUGUCUUUGUUAUAAGUAUUGAUGUUUUUUGUGCACCUGUUUGUUUCUGUUUCAAGAUGUCGGUAUGAAUUAUAUGAUGUUGUGUUGGGUUUGAUGCUUUUUAUGUUAGUAGAAAAUCAUGUCAAUGUUACAUUUAGUAAAUGUGAGAAAGCACAUUACCCAGUAACAUCCUGGUUAUUGUUGGCAGAUAAUGGUUGAAUUAGUAGUAUUAUUAGCUUAAG